AUGGCAGCAGACACACACUCGAGCUCGACUGUUGAGGGAGUUAGGCAGGCUCUCGAGAAGAGCGGCCUCCUCGGCAGCUCCCUCAUCCCCAAUUCGUUCACUCCCAAAGUCACCGUCCACGCGACCUACCCUUCCUUCGGCAACGUCGUGGUCGGCUCGACGUACGCCAUCGACCAGACGCAGGACGAGCCGACCGUCUCGUUCAACGCUCCGCCGGGGAAAGAGUCCAAGUUCACCAUCGUCCUUGCCGACCCCGACGCCCCUUCGCGCGAUGACCCGAAGUGGGCGCCCUUCCGCCACUGGGUUCUCGCCGACGUCGUCCCCGGCAAGGCGGCUGGCACGACCAUCGCCACCUACAUGGGUCCGGCUCCGCCUCAGGGUACGGGACCGCACCGCUACGUCUUCCUCCUCUAUGCCCAGCCGUGGGACCACACCCCGACGCUCCCGAACGACUCGGACGACCGCCCUUCCUUCGAUGUCGGCAAGUUCGCCAAGGACAAUGAGCUCGACCUCAUCGGCGCGACUUUCUUCUACGCCGAGAAGAAGUGA